CCUGAACACGGGUGAACAGAACUUCUAGGCAAAAUGGAUCCCCUUGAUGCAAACUGGAAGUCAAUAAUUGUGGAUUAUGCCACAAUUAUACUCGUCAGCAUGGAUUUGUUCAUCAUGCUGCACUGUCUCGUCUACUGGAAAUACUAUAUUGACCUGAUGUCACCUUUGUACAACUACAUAGCCACCUGCAUCAUCAGGGUAUUUAUUCGAAACGCAACCCCUUCUGAUGACAUUGAACGAGCUCAGGAACACAACAACGACAACAACAACAACAACAACAACGGGGACCGUACCAACAACAACAACUCGCAGCCUCCAUCCUUCUGUUGCUUCGGUAGCGGCGCCCACCCGGAGGUUUCAGAAGUUCCCAAGAACAUCCAACCAAAGGAGAUUCUGCAAGCCCCUAAGACCUCCAAAUAUGAUAAUGCAGUGGUAGAAUUGGAUGAAAUCAUUGUACACGCCCCAAAGAAGGAUGGAAAAGUUAAUGCCAAGAACGAAGAAAUUUGUAAACAUGAUAUGGGACAACGUUACUAUUACUCGAAUUUGAAUUCUUUCUUUGAGAAGAACUUGGGGAAGAUGUGCGGGGAAUAUGCGAACAAAGGUGGGUUGACCUACUCACUUUGA